UAACAGCACGUGCUGUCUCCACCGAGACUUGUUGUGCCGCACGGCGUGCUGUCCGUGUGCCGUCCAGUUGCUGUCUCGACAUGCGUCCUAGGGCGUCUGUACGCGACGGCACAGAGACUGCACAGCGACAGCACGCGUGCCGCGUGCUCAGAAUGUUGCAUUAUUAAUAAUUAUGGACUUUAAUUAGUAAAGAGCAUACAUUUAUUACUUUUUUUAUUCUCUCCAAACCGAAUUACAUUUAAACAUUAUUUUAUUACAUAAUUCUAAUUAUUAGCGAUGAUUAUUAGGUGCAAUUGUGCAUCAAAUUGUAAGAAGAGUUGUGGCUCAGAGGCUAGAGCUUCGGACUUCUGAUCCAAAGAUCGUGAGUUCCAGCCCUACACCCGGCAGAUUUUUUUUUCUUAAAUAAAAUUUUUUUUAUACUAUAUAACAAAAUUUAUUAAUUAUUUAUGAUGUAGAUGCUUAGUUAUGCGUUCUAACUAAUUUUUAUUUAGCGUUAUUUUUAUAUGCGAUAAAAUCGCUCCCCGCCGGUAGCGUUUUCUGCUGGCACAGAGACGGCACAGAGACGGCACGUCGUGCUGUCUCGCCGUGCCGUCACGUGCCGUCUCUGUGCUGCGGCAGCUGGACGUCGCGUGCUGUCGUGGAUGCCGCCAUCUCGUGCCGUCACGGGGACGUCUCUGUGCCGACACGUUGUUAUCUGGGAUAUAGCUUCCAUAACCACAAAGUUAUAUUCCACAUAUAAGCUAGAGGAUACGGCCCCAGGCAUAUAAGUAUACUUAUUCUGUGCAGGAAAAGAGAAGAUUCCGAUGAUAUCGAUACCUUGUCAAUAAUUCAAUGAGUCAAAAUGUAUGGCUACGUAAUGAUUUUAAACGCCGACUUAAAGCUCUAUAACUAACGACUCAGUCUGAGCACUGAGUCUGUAGAGUGGAACAAUAGAAAUUUAAAUAGAUCCAAGCCGAUUUUAGCUAGGAUUUUCGAAGAAAGUUAAAGAAAGUGCAUGUGGAAGCCAUACGGUAAACAUCUGAAAUCCGGACUAUUCCUCUUUCUUCGAGGCUCAGUAACCUUGAAAAAACGCGCAAGGGAUGUCUGUGUAUAACCAGUCAACCAAAUCUAAAUGUCAUUCAUCUUAUUGCAACAGGGAAUGACUCGUGAUAUCCCAAAAAUAAACGGUCCAGAACUCUCCGACGCUAAACAGCACAGGUUCAUCAAGAUUUUCAUUCUUACUUGAUGUGGUGUUUGACCUUCUAAUUCUAUUUUUGUAUAGUGGUUAAUUAUUUAACCUCGUUUAUUUUUUCACUUUUAUGAGACUCAAGAUAUUAUAAAUAUGUCUCUGAAACCCAAAGUAGUAGACUUUCGUCAAACAUGGGAUGUUUUACAAGAGACUGUCAAAGGUGUGAUAACACUAGCCGAUGUUCCACGAGCUACAUGGAAUGAUAGAUUUAGUGAUGUUUAUUCAUUGUGUGUGGCAUAUCCUGAACCAUUAGCCGACCGUUUGUACAAUGAAACUGAAAAAUUUUUAGAUGAUCAUGUUAGUCAAUUAUUAGUUAAGGUUCAGUCUCAAGGAGAAAAUAGUCUAUUACAGGCAUACCAUCGUGCCUGGACUGAAUAUUCUCAAGGAAUCAAUUACCUCCACCAAUUGUAUUUAUAUUUGAAUCAGCAACAUAUAAAAAAGCAAAAACUUACCGAAGCUGAAAUCAUUUAUGGAACAUCGUCUGCUUCCUCUCCGGACUAUCAGGAACAAAAAGAAAUUGGUGAAUUAGGUUUAUACAUAUGGAAAAAUAAAAUGAUUGAAUCAUUAAAAAACUCCCUGGUUGCAUUACUCCUUGAAGGGAUACAUGCAGAUAGAUUGGGAGAAGCACAACCAACGACAUCAGAUGUGAUUUGUGGGGUUAUUGAGAGUUUUGUUAGAGUUGAAGAAUAUAAAAUGAAAGGCCAGUUAAAUCUUUAUCAAGAAAUUUUUGAAGGACCUUUCUUAAAACAAAGUGGGGAAUUUUAUUUAAGAGAAGCUUCUGAACUAUUGCAACAGUCUGAUGUAACUCGUUACAUGGAAAGAGUAACUUGGCGCCUUAGUCAAGAAGAAUUAAGAGCACAUAAAUUUCUUCACAUCACAUCAGUACCUAAGGUACGACAAUGUUGCGAAGAAAAAAUGGUUGCAGCACAUGUUGCUUGGUUACAUACCGAGGUUGAUGCCAUGGUAGAGAAUGAACGAAGAAAAGAUCUUGCACUUAUUUAUCCUUUGUUGAGGCCUCUUCCAUCAGGUUUAGCACAUCUCGUACAAAAGCUAACUGAGCACAUUACAAAUGAAGGACUACAAGCAAUUGGUUCUUUACAUGGUGAAAAUGUUCAUACAUUAUUUGUCGAAAGCAUGCUGGAUGUGCACUCUAAAUAUUCUGAUUUAAUAAAAGAAUUAUUUAAGGGUGACCAGGCGUUUAUUGGUGCACUUGAUAAGGCAUGCUCGGCUGUUGUUAAUCAUAGACCAGCACCAAGACAACCUGCGCGAGCACCAGAAUUGCUAGCUAAAUAUUGUGAUUCAUUGUUAAAAAAAUCAGCAAAAGUAGCCUCUGAAAGUGAGAUUGAAGAAAAAUUAGCACGUUCAAUUACUGUAUUUAAAUAUGUGGAUGAUAAAGAUGUUUUUCAAAAAUUUUAUGCUCGCAUGCUAGCAAAACGUCUGAUCCAUCAACAAUCACAAUCUAUGGAUGCUGAGGAAGCCAUGAUCGAUCGAUUAAAGCAAGCUUGUGGCUAUGAAUUCACAAAUAAGUUACAUAGAAUGUUUACAGACAUGUCCGUAUCAGCAGAUUUAAAUACAAAGUUUACAGCAAGUUUACGAGAGCGAGAAGGUGAAAAGCAUCAGUUUGGCAUUGGCUUUGUUGUGUAUGUAUUACAAGCUGGGGCUUGGCCAUUAGGUCUGCCACCUUCACCUGGUCCAUUUCAUGUUCCUCAACAACUUGAAAAGUCUGUACAAGCUUUUGAAUCUUUUUACCAUGCACAAUUUAGUGGUCGAAAGCUUACUUGGUUGCAUCACUUAUGUCAAGGAGAACUCAAAUUAAAUUACCUUAAAAAACCAUAUUUAGUAACUGUACAAACGUAUCAAAUGGCUUUAUUGCUAUUAUUUGAACAUUGUGAUUCAAUUUCCUGCAAAGAAGCAGCUGUGUCGUUGCGCUUAUCUCACGAUCAACUAGUAAAACAUGCAGUUAGUCUUGUUGAUUGUAAAAUUCUCAAAAAGUCAACGGAAGAAGAUCUUGAGGAAGACACAAUCCUUACACUAAACUUUGAAUAUUACAACAAGAGAACAAAGUUUCGUAUAACAGGAGCACUUCAACGAGAUGCUCCACACGAUACAGAAGCAACCCAUCGUAGUGUAGAUGAUGAUCGCAAAUUAUAUUUACAGGCUGCAAUCGUUCGAAUAAUGAAAAGUCGUAAAGUCUUAAGACACAAUCAACUUGUGCAAGAGGUUCUUGGACAGUCCAAAGUUACAUUUGCUCCUUCUAUUGGUAUGAUUAAAAAGUGUAUUGAAAAUCUUAUAGAUAAACAAUACAUUGAGCGAACAUCAAAUAGUGCUGAUGAAUAUUCAUAUGUUGCGUAACCCUAAUGUAACAAUUUAAACUAAUUUAUAUUUUAACUUGAGAUGCUCUCUGUUAAAACGUAAAUGCCAGCUUUAAAAGAACCAAAUGUGGAAGAAAAAUCUUGCAUGCUCAAGAAAGUUAUAGAAAGUCGUUAUUCAUUCAUGCAUUAAAAUUGGAUUUAUACUAGAUAGCACUAGAAUUCUAAAUUUUUGAUACAUAGGUUUUUUUACUUGAUUUUAUACAUGAAAAUUGUAAAGUAAAAUGAUUUAAUUAAUUUAAAUCAUUUUCUUAAGCUUAAAAAGAUAAAGCUAAGAAGCUGGUUUGAAUAUUUGGCAGAAAUUGUUUUUAUUAUAUUCUAAUAAAAAUGUACAUACUUGAAUACUUUUAUUAGUAUAUACCAAUUUAUAAAAGAUUUUUUUUUAUUAGAAAAAAAAUCUGCUAAAAAUAAAAUUCAGUGUACUCUUGCCUUAAAAAACAAAACUCAAGAGCAUCUUAAUUUUUUUAACCGUUUUUAUGUUUGCUGCUCCAAUAUCGUAAGACAUUGAGCAAAUGAAUUGUAAUAUAUGCACACUGAAUAAAAAUGUUACUAUUUUA